CUGCAUCAUUCCCAUCAUUCAUCUCACACCAAACGACAUCCCCCCUUUACUUCAAGAUGCCACAGGAGCAUGAGCACCAUCAUUUACUCGACAUCAACUCUCGGCAGGAUGACUCUCAUCACAGCAGUAAGGACCACUCUGCAUUCGUCGGACAGGCGGACACUGCACACAAUCAUCAUGAACCCAUCUCCACCAAUAAAUACUCCAAGCGUGCACAAGACCGGACCACACAACCAUCGCUCUGGAACACAAAGGAAUUUUAUUUCUAUUACCUGGUUUUUGCAUUCUGUAUACCCUACAUGUUCCGGACUGCACAUGAGGCCAGCUCAGAGGACAACCCGAACUAUGAAAAAUACAAAGACCUGCUCUCAGAUGGCUUCUUUGGCUACAAGGUGGACAACAGCGAUGGGCAGUACGCAGGGUUCCGCAACAACCUCCCAAUAUUAGUCGCCGUCGUCUGCAUCUACAUCCCACUCAGCCAUCUCUUCCGAUCCAUCUUUGUUCCCUCGACAAUGGCGCUCAAGAACCCUCAGCAGCCACUAUACCGAACCUAUUUCUUUUUGAGCUUCUCCCUCAUAUAUCUGUACUUUAUGUAUGGCAACAGUAUUAUCAAGAUCGGGGCGAUCGUCACUACGAACUAUGUUAUUGCCAAGAUUGGAAGGGGCGCUAGAUGGAUGCCUGUGGCGACAUGGGGCUUCAAUCUGGCGGUCCUGUUUUUGAACGAGGGAUAUGGCGGAUAUAACUUUGCAGACCUUCAUGAUUCUCUUGCUUGGUUGGAUGAGAACAAAGGCAUGAAUAGGCGGUGGGAUGUCAACUUUAACUUCACAAUGCUGCGCCUUGUCUCCUUCAACCUCGACUACUUUUGGUCGUUCAACGCGCCUCGCGAGAUUCUGAUGGAAGACCGCGAUAGGGCGCCUAAUAAUGACAAAGACCGUGUGUCGAUUCCUGCCUUGGCAGAGGAUUACUGCUUCAUCUACUAUCUUGCCUAUGCGUUGUAUGCGCCACUCUACAUUGCCGGCCCCAUUAUGACCUUUAACGACUUUAUCUCACAGUUGCGGUACCCGAAGACGAUCCCGAUCAAGGCGCUAGGCAUGUGGAUAGGCCGCUUCAUUUUUGCGCUCCUUAUCAUGGAGUUUACCAACCACUACAUGUAUAUGGUUGCGAUCAGCAAGCGCCAAGCCUGGGAUGACGACCCCAUCCUCCAGAUCUGCAUGAUCGGCCUCUUUAAUCUGGUGCUGAUCUGGCUAAAGCUUUUAAUUAUCUGGAGGUUCUUCCGACUAUGGGCUUUGCUGGAUGGAAUCGAGGCGCCUGAGAACAUGAUCCGAUGUGUGAUCAACAACUAUUCCGCCUUGGGCUUCUGGAGAAGCUGGCACAAAAGCUUCAAUCUGUGGAUCAUCCGCUACGUCUAUGUGCCCCUAGGAGGAACGCGCUACGCGAUGUAUAACAUCUGGGUCGUGUUUACGUUUGUUGCGAUCUGGCAUGAUAUCCAACUGAGACUUCUCGCAUGGGGCUGGCUCAUUUCGCUGUUCAUCCUGCCAGAGAUCAUUGCUGGACGCGUUUUUACCAAACAAAAGUGGGGAUCCUGGCCAUAUUAUCGCCACCUAUGUGCGCUCGGAGCAGUGGGCAACAUUCUGCUGAUGAUGAUUGCCAAUCUUGUCGGAUUCUGUAUAGGUCUGGAGGGUGUCAAGCACAUGAUCUUGGACUUGUUCGCAUCUGUCCAUGGCUGGAUGACCAUGCUAGGUUGCUGUGGGGCCAUUUUUGUUUGCGCACAGAUCCAGUUUGAGGUCCGUGAGGCUGAGAAGCGGCGAGGCAUCUUUUUGAAUUGUUAGAAAACUACGCACCCAUAUCUUUUCUAGAAUUACAGAGCAGUACAAAUU